ACCACAACAACUACUAUUACAACUGCUAGCUGGUACUGCUACUGCUAUACGGCUACUGCUACUGCUACAGCUACUACAACUACUACUACGACGACGACUACUAGUACUAGUACUACUACCACUACUGCUACUACUACUACUUCUUCUACUACUACUACUACCACGACGACUACUACGACGACUACUACUACGACGGAAACGCCCGUGAGACAACAUUGGAUUCAAGAGACGAUCGGUCUGACCAGAAGUGUUUCGAGGCGGAAAAUAUUUCCCUGGUUUGCCCCUUAGGAGUGGCGAAAGGCUGUCCACCCUUUCUGACCUCAGACACUGGAAGUCUCCCACGAGGAUGUGAACUCGGCCUCCUUUCAGGCUUCGACCCUGCAAUGGCCGAGGACUCUCAGGGCUCUCUUUUCCUGCCGAAGCGUCCGACCGUGACCCUCGGCGACCAGGGCUUGCUUGGUGCCCAGCUCGCGUUGAGAUUGUUGGACCUCGCCGGUGACAGCGGCUUGGCAGCCGAUGCUUGGGCUCUUGACAAGCAGGGGCCGAAGCAUUUGGGCACCUGGAGAUUCCCUCCAACGCAUCGCUGGACAGCUCUUUGUCACGCCCAUGGCCGGAUCUUUGUUCUGGGUGCUCAGGCGGGCGGCAGCGAGCUUUGGAGCUUUCUGAUGCCGGACGGGAGAAAGGCCGAGUCGGGGCAGAACGGCGUCGGUGUAGCCUGAAAGGAUCGUGGUGUGAGCGUGGUGUGAUCGAGGUGACGUACGACGAACGAGAGGAAGAAGAGAUGAGAUGAGGAUGUGAAGUCGAGAUGCAAACUGCUGAUGUCAGACUCGGAAAACGGGUG